AAAAAAAAAAAACCUUCACAUGAGAGUACAUAAACCUUACUUAGACGCCUGCAGGAUUUAAGUCUGGAAGGCUCUGACUCUUAAGAGAAGGUGCUCUGUGCAGCUGAAGUGCAACACAUCUCCGAUCAUGAAGCUGGUUUCGUGUCUGCUGUUUACCCUGGUGCUGCAUGCAGCUAUUUCACAGGAGGCCUCUGAAAGUGACACUUACAUGGAAUGUACAGAAGGAUAUCACUGGGACCCUCACACACAGCACUGUAAAGAUGUCAAUGAGUGUGAAACCAUUCCUGAUGCCUGUAAAGGAGAAAUGAAAUGCUUCAAUCACUACGGAGGCUACUUGUGUCUGCCCCGGUCAGCCUCGGUUGUCUCUAGCAAUGAAGUGAUGGGCGUAGACUUUCAAGGACCAAGUUCUCGAACUGAAAGCGAGACCUACAACCCCUGUCCACACGGCUAUGAGCCUGGUCUUCAUGACACUUGUGUGGAUGUGGAUGAGUGUGAACAGGACCUCCAUGAUUGCCAGCCCAGUCAACAGUGCAUCAACACAGCUGGUUCAUUCACUUGUCGAUGCCCAGAUGGGUACCGCAAGAUAGGCACAGAGUGUGUCGAUAUCGACGAGUGUCGCUACAGGUACUGCCAGCACCGUUGUGUGAACUCCCCAGGGUCAUUCUCUUGCCAGUGUGAGCCUGGCUUCCAGCUGGCUGGCAACAAUCGUUCCUGUGUAGAUGUAAAUGAAUGUGAUAUGGGAGCCCCUUGCCAACAACGCUGCUAUAACACAUAUGGCACCUUCAUAUGCCGCUGUGACCAGGGCUAUGAGCUGGGUCAGGAUGGCUUUGUCUGCAAUGAUAUUGACGAGUGCAGCUAUUCCAGCUACCUUUGCCAACAUCAGUGUGUCAAUGAGCCUGGGCGCUUCAUAUGCACUUGCCCUGAAGGGUACCAGCUACUGGGCACACGACAAUGCCAAGAUAUCAAUGAAUGUGAGACCAAUGCCCACCAGUGCCCUGAAUCUCAGACCUGUGUUAACAUCCACGGGGGUUACCAGUGUGUUGACACAAACCGCUGCCAGGAGCCCUAUGUCCAGGUGUCAGACAACCGAUGCGUGUGCCCUGUGGUGAAGCCAGAGUGCCGGGAGCUGCCGUUCUCAAUUGUGCACCGCUACAUGAGCAUCACAUCUGACCGCCCUGUGCCAUCAGACAUCUUUCAGAUCCAAGCCACCAGUGUGUAUCCUGGAGCCUACAACACAUUUCGGGUCCGCUCAGGAGAUGAACACGGGGAAUUCUACAUCAGGCAAAUCAAUAACAUCAGUGCUAUGCUGGUGCUUGCCCGACCAGUGACUGGUCCAAAAGAGUACGUCCUGGACCUGGAGAUGGUGUCAGUGAACCCCCUCAUGAGCUACCAGACCAGCUCGGCCCUGCGACUCACAGUCUAUGUCGGGCCUCACGCCUUCUGAGAAGUCUCGCAGCACUGCUCGCAAUGGUGCACUCUUUCUUUCUAAAUUGUGGAGGGGGGUAGUGGGGAGGGGGGGCUCUUUGGGGGGGUGAAAUACCCACAACCUGUAGUGUAAGAAAUAGAGCACAAAUCUAAGUGGGGGGCUUCCAAGAUUUAACCUUAUAGUAUGAAGGUCACGCGACUGCCUAAAGUACAUUUGUCAGCCCUGAUCUCACAGCAGCUGCUCUUGUAUCAAGGAUGCAGAAGGCCAUUCAAUUACAGUCAGAGGUUUAACUUCAAAAGGAAAACCCAGCCAGAGUUAUAUUAACUCAGCAGGUUUGCGUUUGCAGCUCCUCUAAUAAACCUACGUGACUUUGGUCCUUGAUGUAAAGUCACAGCCGCGACCAGUUCAAUUGCCUCAGACACGAGGAGGGCAGCCUGGACUUGGUGGCAGUUUUAUUUUGGUCUGUAGAUUAUAUUUCUUUCUUUUCUAUCUUAUUUUGUUGCUGUUCUAUUAUAAAUUUCAGGUUGUCAGACAGGUAACAAAAAAACCACAUGAGGACCAAUACUAAAAGGUUUACACAUUUCAACUUCUAAAUUCUUUGACAGACCUUCCAUUGCUUGUGUUCAGAAUGGAUUGAUCAGCGAGUUUCAGAGGAGUUUGCCUCAACUUCUUGUAUGAUGCCAGCUUCAUCUUAACCCCAAAACACAGUGGAAAAAAAUGAGCUGAAUUCAUGUUCACACAGGGCACCCAGCAUUAUUCAGAUUGGACACUUGUGUCAGGCAGUCCAGCAUGCAAUCAUUUUUUUUUAACUGGGUCUCCAGCUAAAUCCAGCUAAAUUUCAGGCUCAAGUCCAUGAAUUGCAAUAUGACAAAUGUGCAACUGUUCAAAUCACCUCCGUCAAAUCCGAGACCUUCUCUGAUUUUAUUUAUGGGGUCCUAACAGCCUGUGAAAAGGAAUGAAAUAAUGACAAUUCUGUUUUUUGUGUGUUUGUGUUUGAGUCAAUUUGAAGAGAGUCGUGUUCAGCUUAGUUACAAGGCUCACUUGUCUUUGUACCUUGUUUGAGGAAGAAAAUAAAUGUUACAUUUUUUGUGUAA